GCCGCCUCCGCGCUCUCUUGGCUCGCCCCAGACACACACAGGCUGGAGAUGCGGUGCAGCGCAACGAUAUGCUGGUGGAUGGCGCUACUAUUCUCCACACGCAUAGCAGACGUCCAAGCUGGGGGCGUGGCCGACAUCGUGCUGGAAGCAGCGGGCUCUCCGGGUCUUUCCGAGUUGUAUCAGAAACUGCAGCUUUGGAACGCGUCGACUCUGGCACGAGAAGAUCUGGAAAAGAUUUCGGAAGAAGCCAGGACCCUUUCGAUUAACGACACCAGGUUCUUCGAGGAUCUAUUGAUCCCGCAGACGUGCUGGUACCGCAACACCAAGUUCGACUGCGGCCUGAGCAUCUCGUGCGUGUUGGCGGGCGGCAAGCCCCUAGACCUGUGCAGCGGGGGCCUCAUCUGGAGCUGCUGCGUCUCGCACGAGAAAAUCACCCCCAAGCCCGACCACAGCGCAGCCGUGCUACACAACGUCAGUUGUGGAGAGCUGUACACACGGAGCAACAGGAUUGUCGGUGGACACAACACGAACUUUGGAAGCCAUCCCUGGCAGGUUGCGCUGAUUAAGACUGGAUUCCUGUCGAAGAAGUUAUCUUGCGGAGGAGCACUGCUGAACAGUCGCUGGGUCGUCACCGCCGCGCACUGCGUCGCUACGACAACUAACAGCAACCUGAGAGUGCGUCUGGGCGAAUGGGACGUUCGGGACCAGUCCGAGAGGCUGCAUCACGAGGAAUACGGCGUCGAGAGGAAGGAGGUGCACCCGCAAUAUAGCUCGUCUGACUUCCGGAACGACCUGGCGCUGGUGAAGCUGGACAAGCCAGUGGUGUUCAAGCAGCACAUAAUCCCCGUGUGCCUGCCCCAAGAGAAUGUCAAGCUGGUGGGCAAGACCGCCACCGUCGCCGGCUGGGGCCGCACCAGGCACGGCGUGGCGACAGUGCCGACGGUGCUGCAGGAGGUGGACGUGGAGGUGAUCGCCAACGACCGCUGCCAGCGCUGGUUCCGCGCCGCCGGUCGCCGCGAGACCAUUCAUGACGUCUUCCUCUGCGCCGGCUUCAAAGAAGGCGGCCGCGACAGCUGCCAGGGCGAUUCUGGUGGACCGCUGACGACGACAAUGAAUGGACGUAAGGUUCUGAUUGGUCUCGUGUCGUGGGGUAUUGGCUGUGGCCGAGAACACCUACCAGGAGUCUACACCAACAUACAGAAGUUCGUGCCUUGGAUAGACAAAGUCAUCCAUUAGCUCCUGCUCGCGUGCAGACACCGAUAUCGUACCAAGGAAAUACAUUCCACAGACUACUCAAGAGGUAACAUAGUUCCUUUGAGGUCUUCCGCGUGUGGAAGUUCGUUAACGCUGUACUCAUCUUGUUUUACAGAACUGUGUGAAUAUGUCUCGUUUCGUUUACUGCCUGUAUGGAAAACCCAAGUGAGACAAUCGUUUAACUUAUAGUGGUACAUUUUCUAUGUGAGCGAUAACAGGCAACAGACAUUUGAAAUAGGACGUGCGUCUUUCAUUCGUCGAUGUGGAACACAGGGUCAUGUAAGAUAAUAAUUAUUAUAGCCAACGAGAGCAGGCAGUGCGGUGCAGCAAGCUCUCUGUAAUACCAAACUGAAGGUACACUGUCUUUCAUGCAAAACCAUAGGUUCGUUUUAUUGAUAAGAUAAACAAAAUGUGUGAAGUACAAGUAUAAGCUUCGAAUUUCUCUUUCAUGAAACAUGUGCGAUGUAUUUAUUUACUUCACCAGAAUACCGUUAGCCGCAGCGUAACAUUUUGUAUACUCACGCUGUUCAGCAACGUAAUUACGUUUUGUGUAUGUAUGUUUCUAGAGCGACCCGCAAACUAUUAAACGACAUUUACUUAUCAGUCCUGGCAUCCAGAAGUAGUGUAUUAAGAAUGUGAGAAUAAGUGUUUCUCUUUUAUAUUGUAAUACAUUGUAUAAAACCUUGUGAGCGAUGAACUGUAGGACGAAAGUUCAGCUUCUAAUGAGAGAUGUAAAGUCUCGCAUUUGUAAUGGAAGCUAUCAUUAUUUUUAACAGCAUCUAUACUAUGCCAGUGAUAUUUUGUACAAUAAAUAAUUAAUUUUGUAGCUGAUGUGACUGUUUUUAGUGUGCACCAAAUAUUUGUACAUUACUUAGUUUUUCGUAGAGAUUUCAAGCAAUUCCUGUAGCUCUUCUGGGAACAGACCAAUUAGCAGACAUCUGUUUGAAAUGCAUUUUUUACUGUGCACCAUGUUAUCACAGACCAUGAAAAUGAUUGUUUCAC